GUCGCAUAUUGUUCGUUGUAUGCUGGUAUAUCCGAAUGUGUACCGAAUUUACCGAAGGGCGAAUCUGCUCGCCAUGGGUAGAGUGACAGCCGAUACUUAUCAGAGUUGUCUAGAUACCAGCUAGAAGGGCGGAGCAGCCAUUAUGCCCUACAACAUUGCUAUGGUUUGUGACUUCUUCUUCCCUCAACCGGGGGGAGUUGAAAGUCACAUAUACCAACUGUCAACUAAACUGAUCGACCGCGGUCAUAAAGUUAUCAUCAUCACUCAUGCAUACAAAGGGAGGACCGGAGUUCGAUAUCUUACCAAUGGUCUCAAAGUGUACCACAUCCCGUUCUUCGUCAUUUAUCGCGAGUCGACCAUGCCGACAGUAUUCUCCUUCUUCCCCCUUUUCCGGAAUAUCGUGAUCCGUGAACAAAUACAAAUCGUUCAUGGCCACGGUAGUAUGAGCAGCUUAUGCCAUGAGGCCAUUCUACAUGCCCGAACGAUGGGUCUACGCACGGUCUUUACCGACCACUCUCUAUUUGGGUUUGCGGAUGCCGGUUCGAUUUUGGCGAACAAGAUGCUCAAAUUUACAUUGAGUGACGUUGACCAUGUCAUUUGCGUCAGUCAUACAUGCAAGGAGAAUACAGUGCUUCGAGCAUCAUUAGACCCAUUGAUGGUCUCGGUCAUUCCCAAUGCCGUGGUCGCAGAAAACUUCCGCCCUCUUUCUCACGACACUCGAAAAGGCGAUCGAACGUCAGGAGAAAUCGAGCCGCGGCCACCGCCUGCACCGAUCGGGCCGAACGAUACUAUCACAAUUGUUGUCAUCUCGCGUCUCUUCUACAACAAAGGGACGGAUCUCCUGAUUGCGGUUAUACCAAGGAUUUUGGCAUCCCAUCCGAAUGUACGGUUUAUCGUCGCGGGCUCGGGACCUCAGGCCAUCGACUUGGAGCAGAUGCUAGAAAGAAACGUGCUACAGGACAAAGUUGAAUUGCUUGGGUCGAUUCGUCAUGAAGAAGUCCGGGAUGUGAUGGUCCGAGGCCACAUCUAUCUACAUCCGAGUCUGACGGAGGCAUUUGGUACAGUCAUCGUCGAAGCUGCUAGCUGUGGUCUUUAUGUAGUCUGCACUCGUGUUGGUGGCAUCCCAGAAGUGUUACCCCAGCACAUGACAACUUUUGCGAAGCCUGAAGAGGAUGAUCUAGUCCUGGCGACUGAAAAGGCGAUUGCCGCUUUGCGUUCGAACAAAGUGCGAACAGAUCGAUUCCACGAUCAGGUCAAGAUGAUGUAUUCCUGGACGGAUGUGGCCCAACGAACAGAGCGUGUCUACAAAGGCAUAACUGGCGAUGUCAGCCCGGAGGAAUUUUAUGGAUAUUAUCCCGGUCAAGGCUGGGAAGCCAACGCUGACAGGGUGCGGAGUUUUGCUUUGAUCGACCGGCUAAAACGAUACUACGGCUGUGGUGUUUGGGCAGGCAAACUGUUUUGCCUUUGUGCAGUAAUAGAUUUCCUACUUUAUGUGUUUCUCGAGAUGUGGUUUCCGCGAUCGAACAUCGACAUAGCCCGCAGUUGGCCCAAAAAGCUCGGACCAAAUGGCGAGAAGAGUCACCAUCUCAACAACAGAGCUCGAACUAGCCAGGAGCGUGUUGCUCCAUGAGUGAGCGAAUGUCUACUCGUGACUGGAUCAUUCUCAUUCUGAUAUUCAACUUUUUUUUGUUCCAUUUGAGGACCGUCUCAUUUAUGUGCAUAGCAAAUGCCGACCGUGAUACCCGCGCUAAUUGGAUGAUUUAUACAAAAAAUGAAAAUAGAACAUUGAAAAAUAUCUCAUCCCGCUUUUUAACUCGCCUAGUGCCUGGCAGCGUUAUCCCUCUUCGUACCAGGCUCAUACUUCCAUUCGUGAGCCGCCGUCUCUGCCGACUGGGGAGGGAUAUCUUCGGCAGCCGAAACGCCCUUGUCGCCGUGCUCGUUGGGCCUGGCCUCUUCGCGCUCAAUACCGCGCUGGUCAGCCAGUGUGCGCUCAAACUUGUCCUGACGGUAGCUGCCAACGCCCUCGAGGCCAGCACCCUCGUGCUUCCGGUGGUGUUGGCCGUCGUGCUUCAUUUCGGUC